GGUCUGACACAGAAUACGGGCUUGCUUCCAAUGUUGCCGAAGAGUCGUCCGCGACGACGAAAAGGCUGCUCUUUCAAACAUGCCCGAUGGUCUGGAGAAGGACAGAGUAUCACCAUUUUCACAGCUCAGCGAAAUGCUAAUCAUCAAUAAAGGCUGACCGUGCCAUUUGUGCGCAUUCCCACUCGCACGGGGUAUAUGCAACACACACGUACAUGCAGAAACGCCUCCGCAUCCCCUGAACCGUCUCGUCUUGGUGGCUGCCGCCUCCCCCCUCCUGUUCAUGCACCGAAGAUGUUCGAAGAAGGAGCCAAUGUGCAUGAGAAUCCGGGUCUGCGGGAGUCUGUUCUGGGGAAUCACCGUUUGAGGAGAAGUGAUCAACAGGCUUCUUCGGAGAUUUUCUGUGACCAUGGAAAGCUAUCACCGUUGAAAAUCGGACCACCCAGUUCUCAGUCAGCAGCCACAAAGCCUACUAGCAUUGCGCAGGGGAUACAUUCCAUGUUUAAGUUGGAUGCUUCUGUCGGAGACGAAGACGAAUCUGCCCACUCUGGUGCUGCCGCAUGAGGGUGCCCAGCCUCCCCUUAGAGGCCACAGGAGGGAGGGCUCAAUCCUCACUUCAAUGUCGGGAAUUACAGUUCGUCCUUUUCUGGAACGUGCUCAUCCGUUCUCAAGGGGAAUAUCUCAUGGCGAAGAAACGUUUCCUGGCUUAUCA